UUAUUACGUUCAGACAGCACUAUCAUAACGAGCUUGAAAUUUUCUGCGUUGAUAUAAUUGACACAUACAAAUAAUUUGAAAAAAAGAGUUAAGGUUAUUACACUCAGUAAUUCGUUUCACAACAAAACGCAUUUGUUGAGGAAGUGGUUGCAAUUAUUGAAAAUGAUAGAACUAAUUGUGUUGAUUACAGUGAGCUGUUUUUCAUUGGGAACAUCUCAAUCGAGCGGACAACAUUCUUCGAACAGCAUAUGUCAUACACCACAGUACAGAUCCCUAUCUCUUGAACUUCAAAAUGAACAUCAGUGUAUGGUUCUAGAAAAACUACAGACAAAUAUGGAUGCUGAUAAAACUUCCAGAGAAGCUCUUCUCACCGAUUUGAUUGGGAGAAUAGACGACUUGAGAAAACGUAUAAUGAAGAAAGAAAAAAAGACUAGACCAUUAAAACUGCGUCAAAAGAAAGAAUACACGUCAUCCUUGAGUGAUGUUCCUCUUGUAAGAGACUGUAGUGAACUGUCUUUAAAUGGAAUAACAAGAAGCGGAGUAUAUCCUAUCAAACUCCAAGAUGACCGCAUUUUAAACUUGUAUUGUGAUUUAGAAACGGCAAAGGGUGGAUGGACCGUUAUUCAGCGCCGUAUGGACGGAAGUACCAACUUUACUCGAACAUGGAAUCUCUAUGCGGGUGGAUUUGGAAACGCUAACGGAGAAUACUGGCUAGGCAAUGAAAUAAUCCAUCAGCUAACAUACACAUCUAAUUAUACACUGCGUAUAGAUAUGUGGGAUUGGGAUGGACGUGACGCCUACUCACAGUGGACUACAUUUCGUGUUGCACCAGAGACGGACUUCUAUCGUUUAUCCUUAUCGGGGUUUGAGGGUGGAACAGCGGGUGAUUCAUUAACGUAUCAGAGUGGGAUGCAGUUUAGUACUUACGAUCGGGAUAACGAUCACUGGUUUGCUCACUGUGCCCAGAAGGACCUGUCUGGUUGGUGGUAUAGAGAUUGUGGAUAUUCAGCAUUGAAUGGACUUUAUGUCGAUGGUGGUCCUAUUCCAAUAUCGGCCGAUGGAAUCGUACGUGGCAUUAUUUGGUACCAUUGGAAUCGCAGAUUUGCAUAUUCUUUGAAACGUGUUGAAAUGAAAAUAAAGCCUAGGGUAGCGAUAGAUGCAGAUAAUGAAAGGAAUUCAAGCACUGGUUGAAAAGAUUCUGUACUGGCAUAUUGGAAAACAUAAUUAAGCAAAGCCGGAAUAAUACAUUUCAUAUUGAAACAUGAGUUAUUUCAUCUCCUAAUCUAUGUUGACUGUGUAUAUCAAAUAUAGUUGUUGAUUAAAAUUUGAACAAACAAACAUA